UCCAAGUAGUCUCAGUUGACAAAUAUGAUUGGUAGGUAUACUUCUAGGCAGUUGAAGUGUUCACGAACGUGUAAUAAAACCAAGCCAUUGAAUUACGACAAAUAUGGAGCUCGAGAUGAAAUCCAUUGACACAGAGAAGCAGAUCGCCACUGCUGAAAAAUUACUUCCGAGGAAAGACACCAGGAUACCAAAUUUCUGGUGCUCGAAACGAUUCCUGGUGGUGACCUUGUUGUUUUUUGGUAAUUUCAACAUGGUAAUGCAGAAAGUAAACAUUAACAUUGCUAUCGUCGAGAUGAUUGCCAAAAAAAAUACCACCACAGAAGACAACACAACCAUCAGCCAAGCAGAAUUCGAUUGGGAUUCAAAAACCGUUGGAAUGAUCCAAAGUAUAUUCGCUUACGGGUACUUGUUCUGUAUCGGAGGGGCAUACAUAGUUAGCAAAGUUGGAGGAGCGGUCGCUUGCGGAGGAUCGUUGCUGAUUAUGUCUAUAACAACCAUGCUGACUCCAGCCUGCCUAAACAUCAGUUUGUAUUGGUUCGCAGGCGCCAGGGUGCUUCUAGGAGUUCUCGAUGGCUUUGCGUACACAAGCAGUGCUGAGCUGUUAUCGCGUUGGGCGCCAGUUCAAGAGAGGUCAACCAUGAUGUCGAUGUGUUUUUGCGGAAUAUACAUCGGGAUCGCGGUUACUUAUCCAGUUUGUGGGUUUUUAGCAGAUAGAUGGGGCUGGCAGAUGAUAUUUUAUGUCACAGGAGCCAUUUGCUUCAUUUGGUCAGUUAUUUGGUUGCUCUUGGUGAAAAACCAGCCAUCCAAAGACAAAUGGAUGUCUUCAGAGGAGCGUUUAUAUAUCAUAGAAAAUACAGAGACGACACCUAGAAAAGAAGUUGUGCACCCAUACAAGGCAAUUCUUCGAUCGCCUCAAGUAUGGGCAUUAUGUGCUGCGAAAUUCACCUAUAGCUGGGGAUUAACUCUGUUGGUGACCUGUUUCCCAUUAUACGUCAAAGAUAUCACCCAAUUGAGCACCGAAGAAGUAGGAUUCAUAUCAUCGAUUCCAAAUUUCGCUUGCAUUUUCAUGAUUCCUCUAGCUGGAACAAUCAUGGACUGUUGGCAGAACCGAAGCAACCUCAAACCUACCCAGAUACAUAAGAUCAUGAUGAGCGUGGGAUUCAUUUCAGGAUCAGUUCUUUUCGUGUUUGCUUCCUUCAGUGAAAAUUUUAUUGUAUCUAUGGGUUGUUUCAUACUCAUAAAAUUGAUGCUAUCUUUCAACUUUUUAAUUUUACAAUUAGUGUGUAUUUACAUGGGACCUAAACACGCUAGCUUUGUGGCAGGAAUAUCCGCAUUUUGGUACACAGUAAGCACCAUGAUCCUGCCAACUGUGGUUGGAUUUCUAGUCCAACACAAUAGCCUUGAAGAGUGGAACAGAUGUUUUCUUCUAUCCGGAGGAGUCCUAUUAUGUGGUGCAGUUAUAUUUCUAAUGUACGGUUCCAGUGAACCUCAACCAUGGUCCACAUCAUCCCCUUCUUAUAUCAAUAAGAAAGCAAACAUCGAAAAUAUAAUACCUUGUGAAACCUGAA